AAGGAAAAAAAAUAAAGGCUUCCUUUGUUCUCCUAUAUAUAUCACAGUAAUUUUCAAUUCUUUUGUCUAAAUUGCUCUUCCAAUGGCGGAUGAUAUGAGCGACCUACCAGACCUUGCUUUGGAUCACUACAAAAAGAGCACACAGAGCCAACUCUGUAUACCUCAAGAUCCAUUAGCGGACCUGGAAUGGUUUCCCAGUUUCUCCAACGAUUUCAUCUCUUUGCCUGAUUUGUUUUUAACCCCAGAAAAAGAAACCCUGCAUUGUAACCGCUCUCCGGCUGGUUUUCAGAUGACUGAAGAGAAAACUACACUUGAGAAACCAGAAGGAAGUAAGACUCGUGUAGGCUUCCCCAAUGAGAAACAGAGCAAAGGUGUGGUGAUGAUGAAGAAGAAGAGAAGGUGCAGUCAUUGCCAAACUGAUAAAACGCCGCAAUGGAGAAUGGGGCCGAUGGGGCAGAAAACGCUGUGUAAUGCUUGUGGUGUAAGGUACAAGUCGGGAAGGCUGGUGCCGGAGUACCGGCCUGCUGCUAGCCCUACCUUCAAUGGUCUCUGCCACUCCAAUUUUCAUAGCAAAAUAUUGAGAAGGAAGGGAAUUAAUUAUUGAAUAAUAUAUAGUAUUGGAGAUUAAAAUUUAACUAUUAGGUUUGUUCUUGAUUUAUUGAAUUUCAUAUUAUUUGUGAAUACUAUAAGUAGUUUAAUUGUAGUUUUUUAUAAUAAUUAGUGGAUUACUCAUUACUUAAUUUGUGUAAAUAUAACAUUGUUCUA